AGGACCCGCCUCUUGGUCCGUUCUCGUUCUGUCACUCCUGUCCGAACCUUGCCAGCAAGCGGGAGCGGGAGCUGUCGCAGACGCAGAUUUCAUUAUGACUUCCAUCUUGACUUACACUUUUAAAAACCUUCCCAGCACAUCACAAUGGGCCUUCAGAUUUUCUAUAAGACCUCUGAGCUGUUCCUCCCAGCUACGAGCAGCACCAGCUGCCCAGCCUAAAUCGAAGAAAACCUUGGCAAAACCCAAUCUGAGAAACAUCGUGGUGGUUGAUGGUGUUCGCAUUCCAUUUUUGCUGUCAGGCACUUCAUAUAAAGACCUGAUGCCACAUGAUUUGGCUAGAGCAGCACUUUCGGGUUUAUUGCAACGGACCAGUGUCCCAAAGGAAACUAUCGACUAUAUCAUCUUUGGCACAGUUAUACAGGAAGUGAAGACAAGCAAUGUAGCCAGAGAGGCUGCCCUCGGCGCGGGCUUCUCUGACAAGACCCCUGCUCACACUGUCACCAUGGCCUGCAUCUCUGCCAAUCAAGCCAUGACCACAGGUGUCGGCUUGAUUGCCUCUGGCCAGUCUGAUGUGGUCGUGGCAGGUGGAGUGGAGUUAAUGUCCGACAUCCCUAUUCGUCAUUCGAGGAAAAUGAGGAAAAUGAUGCUUGAUCUCAACAAGGCCAAGAGUCUGGGUCAGCGACUGUCUUUAAUCUCUAAGUUCAGAUUGAACUUCCUUACACCUGAGCUCCCUGCGGUGGCGGAGUUCUCCACCAAUGAGACCAUGGGCCACUCUGCAGACCGACUGGCUGCCGCCUUUGCCGUUUCUCGGCUGGAGCAGGACGAGUAUGCGCUGCGCUCGCAUAGCCUGGCCAAGAAGGCGCAGGACGAAGGACUCCUUUCUGACGUUGUGCCCUUCAAAGUACCAGGAAGAGAUACAGUUACCAAAGAUAAUGGCAUUCGUCCUUCCUCCCUGGAGCAGAUGGGCAAGCUAAAACCUGCAUUUGUCAAGCCCUAUGGCACAGUGACAGCUGCAAAUUCUUCUUUCCUGACCGAUGGUGCCUCUGCAAUGCUGAUUAUGGCAGAAGAAAAAGCUCUGGCCAUGGGUUAUAAGCCAAAGGCAUAUUUGAGGGAUUUUGUGUACGUGUCUCAGGAUCCAAAGGAUCAACUUUUACUCGGACCAACAUAUGCUACUCCAAAAGUUCUAGAAAAGGCAGGAUUAACAAUGAAUGAUAUUGAUGCUUUUGAAUUUCACGAAGCUUUCUCAGGUCAGAUUUUGGCUAAUUUUAAAGCCAUGGAUUCUGAUUGGUUUGCACAAAACUACAUGGGUAGAAAAACCAAGGUUGGAGCUCCCCCCUUGGAGAAGUUUAACAACUGGGGUGGGUCGCUGUCCCUCGGACACCCUUUUGGAGCCACUGGCGUCCGGUUGGUCAUGGCAGCUGCCAACAGAUUACGGAAGGAAGGCGGCCAGUUUGGUUUGGUGGCUGCGUGUGCCGCUGGAGGGCAGGGCCACGCAAUGAUAGUGGAAGCUUACCCGAAGUAAUGGAUCGAGGAGCGGUGGCCCGGAGUUUCUGUGCAACACUCGCACUAGGCAAUGCCAUUUCAAUGCACUACUAAGUGACAUCUGUAGUUCCUAGCACCUCUUAGGAAAACAAAAUCUGUGGCCUUCUGUUAAAUACUUUGCAAUUAAGCCUUCCCAGUGUUCCGAGCUUUCCAGUAAUCAUGGCUUACUGCUCCUUCAGGGAUUUCUUAGUCGCCAGAAUCUCACACAUGCUAUAUUUAAGCAUUUGUUUUUGUUCUGUAUUUUUAUUAAAGACUAAACAAGCGGUUGCAAUAUGGGAAAGAGGUUAGCUGAAAUUUGGAAUCAUCUUUGUAACAUUUGCAAAUUAUAUUCAUUCCUAUUUGUGACCUAAAGCUAAGUAUUUUCUAUAAAAUGCAAACCAAUGUGCCUAAAUUAACUUAAUUAUGGAAAGAUAAUUCAGAAUGUAAACAUCACUGAAAACUUACAGUAAAUGUCUAGAUACAUAAAUACUGUGUUGGUUAACCUUAAUAAAGUGGAGACGUAUUAGAGAA